GACGUGGGGAAUGGGGGCGGAGCGAAAAAAUGGUGAAAGAGUAGUAUAGCUUGAAUAGGUUGCAGAGUUGGAUAUUCUUGGUUAUGAAUCUCUGUCGUGGUGCACGUCGGAAUCCUGAAUCAGCCUCAGUGAGAUAAACCUCCAUGCCAAUGUACGCUUCACGCACCUCGCCAGGCGAAGUCCACCCCGGCAGCGCCCCGGUAUCGAAUCAAGGAAUGGCGAUGCAACCUUAUCAUUCAGCGGCUCCUUCCAUACCUGGCGUCAUGCAUUCGGUGUUUCCACCAGAACAGGGCUACUAUCGGCACCCGACCUACUCGGGCAUGCCGAUGUCGAUGUAUGGUCAUGAGCAGUAUCCAGGCAUGGCUCGAUCACCGUAUGGACCUUAUGCCCCUCAGCAAGCCAACCCAAAGGACAUGGUCAAACCUCCUUAUUCUUACAUUGCUCUCAUAGCCAUGGCCAUCAUGAAUGCUUCGGACAAGAAAAUCACCCUCAACGGAAUAUACCAGUUUAUCAUGGACAGGUUUCCGUUCUACAGGGAAAACAAACAGGGUUGGCAGAACUCGAUACGUCAUAAUUUGUCUCUGAAUGACUGCUUUAUCAAAAUACCUCGGGAUGAUAAGAAACCAGGCAAGGGGAGCUACUGGAGUCUGGAUCCUGAUAGCUAUAACAUGUUCGACAAUGGGAGUUAUCUGAGGAGGAGAAAGCGUUUCAAGAGGAAAGAUAUGAUGAAAGGAGACAAGGAUGACCGUGAGUGUGACCAGCUGAGGAAGGGUCAAGAGGAAGGGGUGAACCAUCCGACUGGACAGCAGAGUGAGGAGAAACUGGGUAAGCCCAAUGGGGUUGUGUGUACUGGUGAGAUGGGUGAUAGUUCCAUAAAUCGUGAUGUGAUUCAAACGAGUGCCGCUUUGAUAACACCCAAAGUAGAACCCAUGGACUCCCCUUCGGACGUUUUAAAUGAACCCUCCCCAACCCAACCCCAUCAUCAGAUGGCAGUAGAUAACCCGCUGCUCGAACCCUCACACCACUCGGCUAACUACACGGUAGAUUCCCUCAUGGCCAUGCGACAGCGCGGAGAAGGCGUUGUCACCAUGGUCGGCGGUGGGACGGGGAGCGACAUCCAAGCCAGCACUCAGGCCUUACCUCCCCGCACGGGUCAGCUCCUAUCUCCGCAGCCGCUCGGGUACUCACCGCAGCUCAAUCAGUCUCAGUUCAACCGAAUCACUUGCUCCAAGCGACCCGUGGUCAGCUCGCUGAAUCAAUACCAAUGUCCAACUUCAUACGAUCCUGAAUCUAUGGCGAUGGGUAAGCAUAUGGCCAUCGCACCAACACCUGAAGAAAUUCAACAUGAGCAUGGACUCAAUCAACGCCUCAGCCCUCCCGGCCCUAGCCCGAUCCUUACCACACCAUCGAGCACCGUGAAUGUACACCGCUCGAAUUCAUGGUACCACGGUACAAGUCCCGAUGUGCACUCAUCGACGUCGAGUCAAGACCAUUACGGCGGUAUGUACAACCCUCAAAGAUCUGUGUCUCUAUCACAUGCUGCACAUCAAAACGGUCAACUAUCAUCCUCAGCGAAUGCCAACGAAAGCUGCCAGCUCUCGAUGUCGGCGAUGAGCAGCUACCGGUCAUCAUCCUCAGGUUCGACCCCAGCUUCUAUGUACCCGCCAUCAGCGCAUUACAGCUACGAUUGUUCGAAGUACUGAUGAGACUAUGCCAAAAAAAUGACGUUUGAACUUUCGAUUGGCGAAAGAAAAACAAAAACGCUUGAUACCAAAAUCAUUAUGAACAUCAAUGGUCUGGUUGUGUGUUUAGUGUAGUCAAAAGUUCGCGAUGAGUGAUUGUGAUGGUGUGAAGAUAUUCCAUCUUUCUUUGAAAGGAGGAGCAACAAGAGGACAGACAGACAGAUAGACAAACACAUAUACUGGUGGGUCAAGUCUACAAUAAAUUUCAUAUAUUAUUUAUGUUGAUCUCUGUUAAAAUUUUAAUGAUUAAUUCAGUCAGAAGAUAUAGAUAAUAUUUACCUGGUACUUAUGUUUACAUUAACUGUGUAAGGUCCGAAUGGUUAAAAUCGUAUAUUCUCUGUUCAAAAUUUAGCCCAUAAGUAACAGUCUUUCAAAUUAUUAACAAACAAAAUCUCAUGAAAGUAACAGAAGUACAUGUAGAUAGUUUUCUGAAAAGUUAAAAAUACUUUUUUUUCCUCCUGAUAUACCAAAGUUAACAUGGGGUGGUAUUGUGCAUUAUAGUCUAAUGUUUGUUUGUAUAUGUCUUAUAUCUUACCUCGCGUUAUUUUCUUUUUCUUAAUUAUUUUUUGUUUGUAGUAUGAACUAGAAAAAUGUUGAUGCUAAUAAGUUGUCACUAUCCUGAUAGUGUCAGUCUCUCUUUCGGUUGGCAAAUAAAUCUCUUGGAAAUUUGAAGAAAAACAAGUUUGGUAAAGUUUACAUUUACAGACCUGAGAAUUUUAAAUCCCCUCUCUCCAACAGAGAGAGAGAGAGAGAGACAAAAAUCUGACGAUCGCGGUUAUAAUUUUUCUUCUGGAUUCUUCGUCUUCAAUAACUCACGUUACUGAGCAACAGUUAUUAGUAAACAGACUACAGUAAAAUAUCACAAAAUAUUUCCCUACACUUUGUUGUACAAACAAGGCACCAGACUACAAAAGCUAUCAAAAGGUGUAAUUCCAAUCAACUAAUCUGGGCUGUACCUUUGUGAUAGGGGAGAAUUAGUAGACCACCAAAUUGUUAUAAUCUCUACAAUGACAAUGAUGUGGCGGUCCCUUUGAUCUUGACGUUAGUUGUUGGAAAUAUCGAUGACAAAGUGAUAAGCAUCAUUCAUAUUUCUUUUAUGUAUCGCCUGAAAACUAUCUUUACGUUGUUGUUAACUUAAUUUUGUUCCAGAAUAAUUUCAUACGGUGUAUUGCCAUUUAAAUCCAUCCUUCGGUGUAGGGGUUUACGUUACCGUUGCACGGACGCACUUGUCAUGGUGUAUUGUUCCGAUAAACCAACAUAACUUCUGCAUAUUAUUUACUGUUUUCUUUAAAUUCUGGUCAGUAUAUAGGUUGGGAAAUCUUCUCAAGUUAAAUGGUUUUCGGGGCUAGCUUUAAACAAAGCAGUCGAAAAAUCCUUUCCAAAAAUCAUGGCAAUUGCGUCCAUUGUUAUAAGGGUUUGUUAUGAAAUUCAUCGUCGAAUUUAGAACGAGAAUUUGUGUAAAGUGUUUAUUGUGUCGUUGGUAUUUCUAAUGCAGGGUUCUCUGAUAUAGACCUUAUGCAAAAACUAAAGAGCUGCUGAAUGUUUAGAAUUCUAGCUCAUUUGUCAUGGGUGUAUAUUUGUAGUGUACGUACGUGUACAUGUACCUGUUCUAAUCUGUUGUGAGAUAAGAAAUUGUGUUCUGUAAUAGGUUUAGACUUUUAUCGUCGACAGGGAAAGAGGGAAAGGAUAACGAAUGUCAAAGUCUUGUCUUCCACUUCUCAAACAAAACCUAGAACAUCACAAAGCACGAGAUGUAAAUUAUGGCACGGAUAAAACAGGGUUCUUCAUGGAUAAUGGAUUCUUUUCUCUAAUACUUUUUACGAAAGUUUUAUGUGCAUAUCAUUAUAGAUCUGACCAAUCAGAAGAGUUUAUUGAUUGUGAUUAGAGAUGUCUGUUAGAGCGUAGCUUAAUUUUUGCCUAAGUGUCUACCGAACCUCGAUGAUGCAACCGUUAAUAGUCAUACUUUAUUCAGAUAAUUUUCCUCAUACGUGUAUUUAUAUUUUUUAUUGUUUUAAUUUUUUACAUAUAUUUUAUUGAUAAAGAAUAAUUUCUUACACCGAUUCGCAUAAAAUUUAACUCACUUGUAUCCCCAUGAUUAUGAAAAC